CACGCACACAUACACACACACACACAGAAUAGGUAGACGAUUUUCUGAAAACAUAAGUGAGGGUACGUAAGAGAUUCGCACUCAUGAUGACUUAUACGAAAAUGUAAAUGUGUUUACGUGCUAGUUGAAUGAUUAUUAGGACAUUGUGACGACGGGAAGAACUCGUGCACAAUGGCAGCGGGACAAGAAAAUGUCUUUCGAGUUGGAUCUCGAAAAAGUGAAUUGGCUCUUAUACAAACAGAAUAUGUAAUUAAAUGUCUCAAAGAGUGUAACCCAGAUAAAGAAUUUAAGAUAAUUACUAUGAGCACAAAAGGAGAUAAAAUAUUAAAUGUUUCACUGCCAAAAAUAGGAGAAAAAUCUUUAUUUACAGAAGAACUAGAAAAUGCAUUAGAGAAUAAUCGUGUUGAUUUCUUAGUACAUUCACUAAAAGAUCUGCCAACUACUUUACGUGAUGGAUUGGCUAUUGGUGCAAUCUUAGAGCGAGAAGAUCCUCGGGAUGCAGUUGUAAUGUCGAAAGCUUACAGCACAUUCACAUUAGAAACUUUACCUCAUGGAAGCAUAAUUGGUACAAGCUCAUUACGACGAUCUGCAUAUCUAGCUAGGAACAUGCCUCAUUUGAAAGUUGAAAGUAUUAGAGGAAAUCUAAAUACAAGGUUCAAAAAGUUGGACAAUGAAGAAGGAAAUUAUGCUGCCAUUAUCUUAGCUGUUGCAGGACUAAAAAGAAUGAACUUAGAACAUAGAAUAACUCAUUAUCUAGAGUCUGACGAUACUCUCUAUGCUGUAGGUCAAGGUGCCUUGGGAAUUGAAUGUAGAGAAAGGGAUCCACGUGUUCUUUCCAUAUUAGAGCCACUAAAUGACCUUCACACUACGUUGAGAUGUGUAGCUGAAAGAUCGUUUUUGAAAUAUUUGGGUGGUGGAUGUUCAGCACCAGUUGGAGUAGCAUCAACAUUGAAAAAUAAAGAAUUGUCACUGUCAGGUGCCGUCUUGUCACUUGAUGGUAAAGUGCUAAUUAAAAAUUCUUUAAGUUGUAAAUUGUAUUUACCAGACAAUGAUGGAGAGCCACCAAAAAAGUGUCCUUACAGAGAGCCAAGGACUUAUGUUGGUGUUAUACCAGGCCCAACAAAUUCGAUCAGUCUUAUUGGUGCUGAACAAUUAGGGAAAGAUGUUGCUGAAUUGCUUAUUAAAGAAGAUGCUAUUGAAGUUAUGUCAAAAGCUCGGAAAGAUUAUUUAAGUUCUGUUUAAUAUAUUGAAAAUCUAAUAUAUUGCAGGUGGAGGUUUAAUUUUGCAUAUUAUAUAUGUAAAUUUGUCUAUAAUCUUUAUUAUUUGUAAAUUGAAUUAAAGUGGUUAUUGUUUAGUAUUGUUAUAUUUUAAAUUGUUAUAUUUUAAAUUGUUCCAAAUUACAAAUAGAUAUUUAUCUACAUAAAAAGGGGAAAAUGAAUAAAACAAUAUUUAAAAAAAACAUUUAUUUUUAUUGUUUAAUCAUGAAAAAUGCAAUAUUUAAAAAAACUAAAUUAAUCUAAUAAUAAAUGA